AUGGGGGUGGACAGAUGGCAGACGUUUAAGGAGCAUGAGCGCAAGGAGGCACUCAAACAGCCAACUCUUUUCAAAGUGAAGAAGGAAGCUCUUGCCCCUCCCAAAGCCAAAGCGAAGGCCUUGAAAGCUAAGACGGCAGUGUUGAAAGGGGUUCACAGCCACAAAAAGAAGAUCUGCAUAGUCACCCAAUUUCCGGUGGCCCAAGACCCUGCGGCUCCAGAGGCAGCCUCAGAAGAGUGCACCCAAGAGAAACAAGCUGGACCACUAUGCCAUCAUCAAAUGCCCCCUGACCACCAAGUCAUCCAUGAAGAAAAUAGAGAAUACACUUCUGUUCAUGUGAAUGUCAAGUCUAACAAGCACCAGAUCAAACAGGCCAUGAAGAAACUCCAUGACAUUGAUGUGGCCAAAGCCAAUACCCUAAUAAGGCCUGACAGAGAGAAGAAGGCGUAUGUUCGGUUGGCUCCUAAUGAUGAUGAUGAUGCUCUGGAUGUUGCCAAGAAGAUUGGGAUCUAA